AUGGCGGACGUGCCACUGGGCACCGCCGCCCGUGUGGCUGCCACGACCACGCUAGCAGUUUUUGUGGCUCCCCGCCUGGGGGCUGGACCUCUGAGUUCCAUUCUCUUCCCGAUCACCAUGAACCCGGCCCAGGGCCUCCACAGUUUUUCUCGCGGCAUCGGCGACCCCUUGCAGCCCGGCUCGAGUAGCAGGGAACCAUGGCUCCGGGCCUGGCCACGGGUCUUGCGACGCCUCUUGGAGCCCCUGCCCUGCCGCACCGCCCACCUCCCGGUGUGCGCGAGACCCGGCCAGCGCGCAUGCGCGGGUCACUCGAGGCCGUUGGGAGGCGGGACCCGGAGCGAAGACGCGCGGGAGCCUGCCGGGGGUGCCCGCCUUUUAGAGGCUCCCUCCUCCAUAUCCGUGGAUCUGCAGGCAGACAGCACCUUGCAGGUGGAGAUCUCAGAUGCAGUGAGUGAGCGGGACAAAGUGAAAUUCACCGUUCAAACCAAGAGCUGUCUCCCUCACUUCGCCCAGACGGAAUUUUCAGUUGUGCGGCAGCACGAGGAGUUCAUCUGGCUGCAUGACGCCUACGUGGACAACGAGGAAUACGCCGGACUCAUUAUCCCCCCAGCCCCUCCGAGGCCAGAUUUUGAGGCAUCUCGGGAAAAACUGCAGAAGUUGGGUGAGGGGGACAACUCCAUCACCAGGGAAGAGUUCGCCAAAAUGAAGCAGGAACUAGAAGCGGAGUACCUGGCGAUCUUUAAGAAGACAGUUGCCAUGCAUGAAGUCUUUCUGCAGCGCCUGGCCGCCCACCCCACCCUGCGUCAAGACCACAACUUCUUUGUCUUUCUGGAAUACGGCCAGGAUUUGAGCGUCCGAGGGAAGAACAGAAAGGAGCUGCUUGGGGGCUUUCUGAGGAACAUAGUGAGGUCUGCAGAUGAAGCUCUCAUCACUGGGAUGUCAGGACUCAAGGAGGUAGACGACUUCUUUGAGCACGAAAGAACCUUCCUGCUGGAGUACCACGCCCACAUCAGGGAUGCCUGCCUGCGCGCGGACCGGGUCAUGCGCUCCCACAAGUGCCUGGCAGAUGAUUAUAUUCCCAUCUCAUCUGCACUCAGCAGUCUGGGGACACAGGAAGUCAACCAGCUGAAGAUGAGCUUCCUCAAAUUGGCUGAACUCUUUGAACGCCUAAGGAAACUGGAGGGCCGGGUGGCCUCAGAUGAGGACUUGAAGCUGUCUGACAUGCUGCGGUACUACAUGCGAGACUCACAGGCAGCCAAGGAUCUGCUGUACCGGCGGCUUCGAGCACUGGCUGACUAUGAGAAUGCCAACAAGGCAUUGGACAAAGCUCGCACCAGGAAUCGGGAGGUACGUCCUGCUGAGAGCCACCAACAGCUGUGCUGCCAGCGCUUUGAGCGCCUCUCCGACUCCGCCAAGCAAGAGCUUAUGGACUUCAAGUCCCGCCGGGUCUCCUCUUUCCGGAAGAACCUCAUUGAGUUGGCCGAACUGGAGCUCAAACACGCCAAGGCCAGCACUCUACUGCUCCAGAACACCCUCGUCGCCCUCAAGGGGGAGCUUUAGAGCAACCAGAGCCCAGCC